AUGUUCGAGCGCACUGGGUCUGCUGGAGGUGCACCUCAACUACCUAUAGAAGGUGUUGACCCGUCCUCAGACAGCGAGAACUACCAGACCUCUAACAUAUCGUCACCUACAAACUCUUCACAGUCUAGUAGGGAUGGUGAGGCUGAAGGCUCAGCAUUGGCCCGGGCCUCGUAUGGGACUUGGCAUACUAUCCAGCCUGGCCUCGUCUUCCUAUCGCAUCACAUAUCCCCCUUUGUAUGGAGACUAGUACUACUAUGGUCCAAACUAAUCUUGGUCGGACUUAGCAUAGUAUCAGUGACGAUAUCGGCAUGGAUUCUCUAUUGGGUCGUACACUGGUUGGUCAUACCCAAGCAGCUCCAUUCCUUCCCGGUUUACUUCGACUAUAGCGCCACGCCUGCCUGUGCUACAGUGUCCUUCUCUAACCGGCAAUGGUUCGAUACUACAGCGAGUCGACAGGCUUUGGCUGCCCCGUUAUUGGACCUGCCGGCCCCAUCAGUCGACUAUGAUGUGACCUUGGCCCUGGAUUUACCUACUAAUCACUACAACCUCGAUAAGGGUCCUGUUAUGGUAGAUGUUACUCUGUACGGUAUGAAGGGCCAAGAUGCGCCUACGGCCCGCUCCCGACGGCCACUUCUACUGCCUUACCACUCUUCCUUGUUGAGAACGAUGCGGGAGUGGCUGAUGGUCCUACCAGCCUUGCUAGGGUGGACAGUCGACGAGUUCACUGCAACGGUGCCUUUGUUCGAAGAACUCAAUGUGGAGGUCUACGAGAGUUCCACAUUUCCACUAUUAUCGGCUACGGUAUGCAUGAACCCUCCUCUGCAGGUGUAUGGAGCCGACUUGAGAUUCCAUUCUCAAUUGUCGGGGAUCCGCUAUCUACUCUCGUCCCAUCCAAUUCUUAUGAGUGUUAUUUUCGUGUUGUUCGUUCUCAUCGGGUUCUUGGUUUUCACUGGUACGUCAUUGGUAUGGCGAGCAUUAUUCGCGCGGUCUCCCAGAAGGAGAAGGACCAGACGAGGUGGACGUCGUCGGCACCCACAGCGGAGUACAGGGAGUAGUAGUGGGCCGUCUAGCGAGUCUGGUGCGGGUAGUGCGUCCAGUGUCCAUAGUGCGGACAAUGAGAGGCAAGGGGGCUUCGACACGUUACGGGAGAGGCCCCUACAUUUGGGCAGCCCUGAGGACUGA